AUGAUGGCAGCGUCCGAGGUAGCUGGUGUGGCCAAUGCCCCCAAUCCUCCGGAAUCCUCCUCUAGUCCCUGUGCUUCCAAAUCAGAAGAAGGUCUGCUAGAUGGUCUAAGCCCCAAAGACCCUGCACAGAAGCACAAGAACUCACCUCUGUCAAGUACUGACUUUAAGACAGCUGAGUCAGAGGUAAACACAGAUCAAGAUAUUGAAAAGAAUCUGGAUAAAAUGAUGACAGAGAGAACCCUGUUGAAGGAACGUUACCAGGAGGUCCUGGACAAGCAGAGGCAAGUGGAGAAUCAGCUCCAAGUGCAACUCAAGCAACUUCAGCAAAGGAGAGAAGAAGAAAUGAAGAACCAUCAGGAGAUAUUAAAAGCUAUCCAGGAUGUAACGAUAAAGAGAGAAGAAACAAAGAAGAAGAUAGAGAAAGAAAAGAAAGAGUUUUUGCAGAAGGAGCAGGAUCUGAAAGCUGAAAUUGAGAAACUUUGUGAGAAGGGCAGAAGAGAGGUGUGGGAAAUGGAACUGGAUAGACUCAAGAAUCAGGAUGGUGAAAUAAAUCAGAACAUUAUGGAAGAGACAGAACGGGCCUGGAAGGCAGAGGUCUUAUCACUAGAGAGUCGGAAAGAACUGCUGGUGUUGAAGCUAGAAGAAGCUGAAAAAGAGGCAGAGCUGCACCUUACUUACCUCAAGUCAACUCCCCCAACACUAGACACAGUUCGUUCCAAACAGGAGUGGGAGACAAGACUGAACGGAGUUCGGAUGAUGAAAAAGAACGUCCGGGACCAGUUUAACAGUCACAUCCAGCUGGUGCGGAACGGGGCCAAGCUGAGCAGCCUUCCUCAGAUCCCUACUCCCACUCUGCCUCCGCCCCCGUCCGAGACAGACUUCAUGCUUCAGGUGUUUCAGCCCAAUCCCUCUUUGGUUCCUCGGAUGCCCUUCUCCAUUGGGCAGGUCACAAUGCCCAUGGUUAUGCCCAGUGCAGAUCCCCGUUCCUUGUCUUUCCCAAUCCUGAACCCUGCCCUUUCCCAGCCCAACCAGCCUUCCCCACCCCUUCCUGGCUCCCAUGGGAGAAAUAGCCCUGGCUUGGGUUCCCUUGUUGGCUCCCAUGGUCCACACAUGCCCCCUGCCGCCUCCAUCCCGCCUCCCCCAGGCUUGGGCGGUGUUAAGGCUUCUACUGAAACUCCCCGGCCCCAACCAGUAGACAAACUAGAGAAGAUCCUGGAAAAACUGCUGGCUCGGUUCCCACAAUGCAAUAAGGCCCAAAUGACCAACAUUCUUCAGCAAAUCAAGACGGCCCGUACCACCAUGGCAGGCCUGACCAUGGAGGAACUGAUCCAGUUGGUAGCUGCACGACUGGCAGAACGUGAGCGAGUGGCAGCAAGCACUCAGCCACUCGGUCGGAUCCGGGCCUUGUUCCCUGCUCCAUUGGCCCAAAUCAAUACCCCAGUGUUCUUGCCUUCUGCACAAGUGUCAUAUCCUGGAAGGUCUUCACAUGCUCCAGCCACCUGUAAGCUGUGUCUCAUGUGCCAGAAGCUGGUCCAGCCCAGUGAGCUGCAUCCAAUGGCAUGUUCCCACGUGUUGCAUAAGGAGUGUAUCAAAUUCUGGGCCCAGACCAACACAAAUGACACUUGUCCCUUUUGCCCAACUCCUAAAUGA